GGCAGGGUUCAUAAGAAACAGUCGGAGGCAACGCGAGUCAGUUGAGGAGCACGAGUCGCAGCGCGAACAACAGGCAAACACAACAAACACACACACAAUUCUAUAAGGAUUAACUAACUAGCAGAAGCCAACUAUAAGAAGAUGCAUUCAUGGCUGCUUAUAACAAUGUUGGCGGCGACGCUGAUGCUAAAUGUGGCAUGGGCUAAGCCGCUGGGUCUAGACGAUCUCCAGGAGACGGGGCAGACCGAUGAGCAGCUGCUCAAGAUGCUGGGCGGACACAGCAUGGAGGACGAUUCAGUCAGUGUGGAGAAUGUGCGUCUGCGUCGUAGGAGGCGAGCAGAUUCAAGCGGCUCAUCCGAAGAGGGCGCCCAAGCACAGAAGCAGCAGCAGGAGACGCCGGAUGCCAAGCAACAGCCGGAGAAGCAACAGCAGGAAAAAGAAGACAGCUCGUCAGAGGAGAAGCCCCAAUCACGUAAGAGCCGAUCAGCUGGUGAGGAUUCAAGUAGCUCAUCCGAAGAGGACGGCCUAGGACAGGAGCCAAAGAAGCAGCAGCCGGCGGCACAGCAAGAGGAACAGUCAGAGGCACAGCCUGAGCCACAGCCAGAGGCACAGCCAGAGGCACAGCCUGAGGCACAACCAGAGGCACAACCAGAGGCACAGCCUAAGGCAGAGCCAGAGGCACAGCCUGAGGCACAGCCUGAGGCAGAGCCUAAGGCAGAGCCAGAGGCAGAAUCAGAAGCACAACCAGAGGCACAGCCUGAGGCAGAGCCAGAGGCACAGCCUGAGGCAGAGCCAGAGCAACAGCCAGAGCAACAGCCUGAGCAGGAGCAGGCGGCUCAGACGACGCGUCGCCGGCGUGAAGCCAUGCCGGACGACGCCAGCCAGCAGCUCGAGCAACUGGAACCAAUUCACAGUAUUGAACAGCUGGAGCAGUUGGCCGAAGCAAGCGAUUCACUCAAUAUGGAGGACUAUGCACAGGGCUGCGAGGUGCUCGAGGUGGACUCCAACGAGGUCAACAAUGAGACCACCUACGUGGAAUAGUGUCCAAUUCAAUAAUCGUAUUCUUUAAACUAGCAAAUAAAUAAACAAAAAACAAAUACUCAAAAUA